GAUUAAAUAAGUUGUUCUUGAUCUAAUCAUAGUAGUGUAUGUUUGAGUCACUGAAGCACAUUAGUCAGUCUUCUUGCAAAUAAUGCAGUCAGUUUCAACUAAGCUUCUCUUGCUUCUGUCCAUCCUCAAUCAAUACUACUUGUUAGCAACCCCAUCAAGAGUUCACUCGAUCUCCCCUAUCCCAAAUGAAGCACUUCCGACAAAAUCAGGCUAUCUCCAAGUCAAUUCAACAACAAAAUCUGCCAUGUUUUACACUUUUUACGAAGCGAAAGAGCCUAAUUUACUGCUUUCUGAAACCCCGAUUCUCAUUUGGCUUCAGGGUGGACCUGGUUGUUCCUCCAUGUUAGGGAAUUUUUACGAACUAGGACCCUGGCGCGUUGUUUCUUCUCAGGGGCAUAAUGUCGAAAAGCUUGCCCUGGAACCUAAUCAGGGUUCUUGGAAUAGGUUAUUUGGCCUUGUUUUCAUUGAUAAUCCGAUUGGAACUGGGUUUAGCUUAGCUACAACAACUGAAGAAAUUCCAAGAGACCAGCAAGCUGUUAGUAAGCACCUUUAUAAGGCCAUAAGAGCGUUUAUUGCAUUGGAAUCGCUGUUUAAAACUCGUCCCAUUUAUGUUACUGGUGAAAGUUAUGCUGGAAAAUAUGUUCCAGCAAUAGGGUAUUAUAUUCUGAAAAGAAAUGCAGGGUUGCCAACAUCGAGUCAAGUGAAUUUAGUUGGUGUGGCUAUAGGGAACGGUUUGAUUGAUCCAAUCACACAAGUGGCGACUCAUGCUAUGAGUGCUUAUUUUUCUGGACUUGUCAAUGAGAAGCAGAAGACUGUACUGGAGAAAGUUCAAGAUGAAGCUAUUGGAUUGGCAAAACUUGGUAACUGGAGUGUAGCGACGGAUGCAAGAAGUAAAGUCCUAAACUUGUUGCAAAACAUGACGGGCUUGGCCACUUUAUAUGACUUCCGGAGAUCAAUUCCUUAUGAAGAAGACCUAGUGACGACAUAUUUGAGUAGCAUGGAGGUUAAGAAAGCAUUAGGAGCGAAUGUAUCGAUAGAUUUUGAGGUAUGUAGUGAUACUGUAGGCAAGAUAUUGCAUGAAGAUUUGAUGAAGAGCACUAAAUAUAUGGUGGAAUUUUUAGUUAAGCAUACCAAGGUGUUGCUUUAUCAAGGGGAGUUUGAUCUAAGGGUUGGUGUUGUCGCGGCUGAGGCUUGGAUGAAGAAAAUGAAAUGGGAUCAAAUUGAAAAUUUUCUGGAAGCAGAUAGGAAGGUCUGGAAAGUGAAAGGGAAGCUUGCAGGCUAUGUACAAAAAUGGGGAAGCUUGAGUCAUGCUAUUGUGUCUAAUGCUGGACAUCUCGUGCCUGCGGAUCAGGCUGUGAAUUCUCAGGCAAUGAUUGAAGAUUGGGUGUUAAAUAGAGGAUUGUUUUCCGAUAACGGGAUUGUGGAGCAUCUGAAUCCUUCUUACAAUUCAGAGUGAGUUACUCAACUUCCUGCUAUGGGUAUUUGAAGCUGAAACAAGUCUGUUGUAAUACAAAACAUCUCGUUUUAAUAAAAAUGUGAUCAUUGAUCAUCAUUUUAGCCUGUUUUGGGAAUAUUGAAACACUAUAAUUCUCUUUCA